AAAGAGAAGCGGGAUCUCAGCUGUGCUGCACAGACCCCGGCACGCAGGGUGCGUGGGGGCCCCCCGGCAGCCAGCACCCUGCUGCACAAGCCGCUGCGAUGCUCCACUCCGUCGGCGUUCACACCUUGCAGCUGCUCACCCAGGCGGCCGCCUGCAUCCUCCUGUUUCCCCGCUUCCUGCUCACCGCCGUGAUGCUCUGGCUCCUGGAUUUUCUGUGCAUUAGGAAGAAGAUGCUGACGAUGCCCACGGCAGAGGAGGCGGCCAGCGCCAGCGAGGAGCCGCCCCCCGACGACCCCCCGGUCUGCGUGUCCGACUCCAACCGCAUGUUCACCCUGGAGUCGCUGAAAGCCGUGUGGCACGGGCAGAAGCUGGACUUCUUCAAGUCGGCCCACGUGGGUUCCUUGGCCCCUAACCCCGAGGUGAUCCAGCUGGACGGGCAGAAGAGGCUCCGCAUCCUGGACUUCGCCCGCGGCAAGAGACCCCUCAUCCUCAACUUCGGCAGCUGCACCUGACCCCCGUUCAUGGCCCGCCUGCGGUCCUUCCAGCGCCUGGCCGCGCACUUCGUGGACAUUGCCGACUUCCUGCUGGUGUACAUCGAAGAAGCACACCCCUCCGACGGCUGGGUCAGCUCGGACGCAGCCUACAACAUCCCCAAGCACCAGUGCCUCCAGGACAGGCUGCGGGCAGCUCAGCUGAUGAGGGAAGGGGCACCCGAUUGCCCCCUGGCCGUGGACACCAUGGACAAUGCUUCCAGCGCCGCCUACGGCGCCUACUUCGAGAGGCUCUACAUCAUCCAGGAGGAGAAGGUGAUGUACCAGGGAGGCAGAGGACCAGAGGGCUACAAGAUCUCGGAGCUGCGGAGCUGGCUAAACCAGUACAAAACCCGGCUCCAGAGCCCCAGCACGGUGGUCAUCCAAGUGUAAAAAGGACCUGGCAAGAAGCGCAGGGGUGGAGAG